AAUCAAUCAAUUGUCUCUUUCAAUCAAUGUCUUUUUUCAAUAUCCUUGAACGGAAACUGUUGCCACCAGUUCCUCAUAAAUUACCGGAUCCCAAGUUCGAUGAUGAAAUUUACCGACAAUUUAAUCGUUUACGAGUUCGAUCUCCAAAAAUGGACGAAGAUGACAAUUUACCCGGUGACACAGUGAGACGUUCAUUUCGAGGUGACCAUGAAAUGUCCAAACCUCGAGAAGGGCUGGUCAAGGUAGCGGCUGAAAUUUUCCGUUAUCGUUUUUUAUCCUGUUUCGAGCAAUUGACCGAAAAUGAUUCUGGUAGUUUACAAGGACGAAUCAUAAUUACCGAUCCAUCGAGUUGGUCAAUGGUUGAUCGAGCGCUUGAUUGGUUGACACUCAAACGCGCCGGUGUUUCUUGUGUUUUCACCUUGAACGAUAAGGUUUCCAAUGAGUUGACUCGGUCACUUCAGAUAAUCUAUCUGAUUAACAUUGGCCAUUUAAAUGGUCGCGAGUUUGAUUCGUUUCUGCUUAAUCUUGCCGAUCGUGAGUGUCGAUCUUGUUGUAUUUUCUUGGCCUAUCCAAUUGAUCCGUUUAGUGCCAAAGGAUCGUUGAGGCUUAAAAUUUUACACGAAUUGAUUAGCAAAAAGUCAAUUCCUUCCCCUUGGAUCGUUGGUGCUUUUCAUGCUCCGUCACCUUGGUUGGCGUUGAUCGAUCAUCAAGUUAAUCUCAACUAUUUGCGACAAUUGGUCAACUCACCUCGGUCAUCCCAAUUCUCUAAGGCCAAUCGAAUUGUCUGUUGUCGACUUGCCUUUCGUCUGGUUAAUUUGUUCGAACAGAUGAACCAAUAUCCGAUUGUUCGCUUUUUGAAAACUUGGCAUUCGCACAAUCAGUUGAUUGGUCAUUUUUUCGUUAAAGGGAUGGCCGGACUUCGAGAGAAACGACGAUCUUCACCUAAAGGACGAGGAUCAGAUUCGCAAACAAUUAAAUAUGAAUCGGAUUAUCUUCUUGUUAUUAUUGAUCGAUCUGUUGACCUUUUAACGCCAAUUCUUCACGCUGAUCAUUAUGAAGCUUUCGUUGAACAGGAAUUAGAAACUCGAUUUCCAAGAUCAACCGAUAAACUUGACUCAGAGAUACGAAAUGUUCACAUAAACGAAGUUACCUCUAAAUUGAAAUCUCUUUCGGAAUCAUUUAAAUCAAUGUACGGUCAAAUGUCGGUUAAAGAUCAAGAGGUUACCAUGAAUUAUGUCCGUUCUCAUCUCGCAAUGGUCACUCGAUUAACGGCAAAGAUUAACAAUGGAUAUGGAAUUUUACUCAAAAUGGAGCGUAAAGUGUUGAAACAAUUGAACAAGAAUAAUCCACAAUUAAGGAAAGUCCGAUCAGCCGAAACGGACACGGAUAAGAGUAUAGUUGAUCCACCAUUUGGGAAAAAUGCCUUUAAUCCCGAACUUAGUCCCUUAGAUCUUCAUCGACUUGUUAUAACUCGAUCACUUGUUUCACAGAAACUCUUAGGGUCUCGAUACUUGAGGGCAUUCCUAGGAAAAGAUCACUUUCACGCUAAAGAUACAAUAACGGUCUCCAAAUAUGCGAAUCUAAUUAAAACUUGUUACGAUAAAAGUGGUUGCGGUCAAUUUGGAUUCCCUGUAAUUGCCAAUCUAAUUGAGGCAAUUUAUUCGGGCUCAUUGAGAGAAGAUCAAUUCCCGUUCGCUGAGGCCUGGAUGAGAAACUCGUCACCUCGAAAAAAACUGUGCAUCUUUGUCCUCGGCGGUAUUUCUUACAAUGAGGUUCAGCUAUCGGGUGUUUAUACCUCACCUAAUCAAGAAGUCACAUUAAUUUCUGACAAUUUACUAACUGCGAGCAGUAUUUUGUCUAAAUUGUUUUCUUAAUUGUUCACAUCAUACAUAAUCAAGUUAAUUUUCAAUUCUACCUUCCUAAUUAAAACCAUCUGUUUACAGUUAGAGCUUAAAUUGUCAAUUAAUUUGGUUAUUUAAAGCAAACAAAUUAAAAUCUGAUUAAACAUUGAUACCUUAAUUUGUUGAUGAUGUUGAUGUGGUUUCAAAUAUCAGCCACCAACAAUUAACUUUUUUAUUUAGCUUGAAAUAUGUUUCAGUUAAUUGUUGUUAAUCAAUUGUUACUUGUUGUCUCAUCAUUAAUCUUUAAUCUAGUUAAUUGUUCAAAUCAAACGGAUGAUAAUUCAACAAUCACGGCAUCACCAACAUGUAAUUGUGGUCAAUUUGAUUUAAUUGAUACAAACUAUUGGCCCUGGUUGGUUAGAAUCAGAUCACAAUUUGCCUCUAAAAACCUUAAUUGUUUUGGUGUUUUAAUCAGUUCAUUUAAUAUAUUAACGGCGGGCCAUUGUGUUUACUCAUCUAAAUAUGGUCUAAGUGAUCAAGUAAUUGUUUACUUACCAACAUCACAAUUUAAUUGGAUACAAUUAAAAGUAUCCAAAUACAUUUACGAUUCCCGAUCCAAUGGUACAUCUCAUAAUAUUGCUUUAAUUACCUUAAUUAAUCCAGUGCCAACUAAUUACAAACCAAUUUGUUUAACAAUUACUGAAGAUGUACCAUCAGCAAUUGUAAUUGGUUUUAAUCAUGAUAAAAAUACAACUAAAUCACUUGUCCAACAAUCAAACGUUGAAUAUAUUAACUUGGAAAAGUGUGAAAAUGAAAGAUUAUCAUGGAUUAAUAAAUUACCACAAUUACCUGUUAAUCAACGUUUAAAGUUCACUGGUUACAAUAAAAUUGACUCCUCAAUGUUAUGUGCCAAUGAUACAAUUAACGAUAAAUUUGAUAUUAAUCAUACAAAUAGAUUGAAUUUGGUUAAAUCUAAUUGUAAACACAAUUCAGGUGAACCUUUAAUUAGUAAAUCAAAUGACCGAUGGUUUCUGGUUGGUAUUGUUUCUGGAACUUGGUUUAAUCAUGAUUACAAUGAUUGUCUCACAUUAUUGCCAACAAUUUACACUGGCAUUUGGUAUUAUGCUGAAUGGAUUAACUAUAAUUGUAUUGAUUGUUGUUUAAUUGAAACAAAUUGAGUCUCCCUGACAAUUGUUACAUUUAAUUGGUUGGUUUAAUCAUGACCAUUGAAUUGAAUUUAAUUGUAGAGCUGCAAAAAUGAUUAUUUA